CGGUUUAUUCUGUUUUUUUUUUUUAGGUGAGCGAAAAGAUACACGCUUGCGGAAAGAUCUAGUGGAUCUUUAAUUCAUCACGCGGUUACUUUUGAAGUUGAUCACAGCGGUGCAACACAAACAAACAGCUGCUCGGUUGUAGCUAAACACAAAGCUAGCUCGCGUGCUUGUCCUCGCCACCAUCACCAUCAGCAUGACCUCCUUCUCCGAGACGAACCGAGCUUGUUUCAUGCUUAGUAACAUCUCAGAUGAAUAUGACACCCUGUGGAGCCGGAUUUCUCCUUUGGGUUUCUACUAAGCCACUGUGACAUCUAGAUCUGCAAGCUGUAAUACGCAGGCUUCUCCUGCAGUGAGUCAGUAUCAUGGAGGCAGGCAGCGGGGCUGCUGCAGUGGUGGGGAGUACAGCGCUAGGACUGUUCACGGCUACAGGAAGUCAUGACAUCUCUGACAGGGGAUUGAGGCCUGGCCGCAACCUGGAAGCGGACGACAUAGUGCCUGAGCUUGCCAGGAGUAUUCAUCCACGGGAAAGGCCUGACUGGGAGGAAACCAUCAGCGCUAUGGCACGGAGUGCGGAAAUCCCAGAACUGAGCAGUGAGCCGCUGAUCCGCUCCUGCAGCAGCACUGCCAGCAUGAAGGUCAAGAAUGUCAAAAAACUGCCAUUCACCAAGGGCCACUUCCCAAAGUUAGCCGAAUGUGCACAUUUCCACUAUGAAAACGUGGACUUUGGGAGCAUACAGCUGAGCCUCGCCGAAGAGCAGAGCGAAGUCAGCCGGAAUGGCCUGGAGUCAAAAGAGCUGGUGUACCUGGUUCACAUCUACUGUCAGGGACGAAGCUGGAUGGUGAGGCGCAGCUAUGAAGACUUUCGUGUCCUGGACAAACACCUACAUCUGUGUAUCUAUGACCGGCGCUUUUCCCAGCUCCCAGAGCUGCCUCGAUAUGACAGCUUGAGGGAGAGAGCAGAGGCAGUUUCCCAGAUGCUGAUGGCUUACCUUUCCCGUCUCUCAGCAAUUGCUGAUAACAAGAUAAACUGUGGGCCAGUUCUUACAUGGAUGGAGGUUGACAACAAAGGGAAUCGUCUGCUGGUGCACGAAGAGUCCUCCAUCAAUGUCCCAGCCAUUGCAGCUGCCCAUGUCAUUAAGCGAUACAUCGCCCAGGCAGCCGAUGAGCUGUCGUUUGAGGUUGGAGACAUUGUAUCCGUGAUUGACAUGCCUCCUAAAGAGGAUACUACAUGGUGGAGAGGGAAGCACGGGUUCCAGGUUGGCUUCUUUCCCAGUGAGUGCGUGGAGCUGAUUAACGACAAGGUCCCUCAGUCUGUCACCAAUUCAGUGCCAAAACCAGCGUCCCCCUGCUCUGCUCUGCGGCCAGCCUCCUGGAGUCUCUUCCCACCCUAUUUGGAGAUGGAGAGUGUAAAGCAGGACAGUGCAUUGGCACCCGACCCAUUAAACCCCUACAGACUGAGCUCAGUAUCCAAGAAGCACGGGAAGUUGAUCACAUUCCUGCGCACCUUCAUGAAGUCCCGGCCCACAAAGCAGAAGCUGAAGCAGCGAGGGAUCCUCAGAGAGAGGGUGUUCGGCUGUGACCUGGGAGAACACCUCCUCAACUCUGGCCACGAUGUCCCCCAGGUGCUUAAGAGCUGCACAGAGUUCAUUGAGAAGCAUGGAAUUGUGGAUGGAAUGUAUCGGCUCUCUGGGAUCGCAUCCAACAUCCAGAAACUGCGGCAUGAAUUUGAUUCCGAGCAGAUUCCAGAUCUAACCAAAGAUGUUUACAUCCAGGAUAUCCACUGUGUGGGCUCACUGUGCAAGCUCUAUUUCCGAGAGCUUCCCAACCCACUGCUCACCUACCAACUUUAUGAGAAAUUCUCGGAGGCUGUUUCAGCAGCUACAGAUGAGGAGAGGCUAAUCAAAAUACAUGAUGUAAUCCAGCAGCUGCCUCCUCCGCAUUACAGGACCCUGGAGUUUCUAAUGAGGCAUUUGUCACGACUAGCAGCAUUUAGCUAUGUGACCAACAUGCAUAGUAAGAAUUUGGCCAUUGUUUGGGCCCCCAACCUACUGAGGUCUAAGCAGAUUGAGUCUGCAUGCUUUAGUGGAACAGCUGCCUUCAUGGAAGUACGAAUACAGUCAGUUGUGGUUGAGUUCAUCCUGAACCAUGUAGAUGUUCUCUUCAGCCAAAAGCUAAGUUCACUGAUCAGAGAAGGAGCUGGUCACAACUCUUUGUCUCGUCCUAAAUCACUACUAGUACCUUCACCUUCCACCAAACUACUUACAUUAGAGGAAGCUCAGGCACGCACACAAGCCCAAAUCAACUCUCCUGUGACUGCAGAUAGCAAGUAUAUUGAAGUAGGAGAAGGUCCUGCUGCCUUACAGGGCAAAUUCCACACAGUCAUUGAAUUCCCCACAGAAAGAAAAAGACAGCCUAUAAAAUCAAAGAAGUCACCUGUUGGUAGUUGGCGGUCAUUUUUUAACCUUGGCAAGUCUUCCUCUACGUCUAAGCGCAAAUUGCACCGGAACCCAAGUGAACCUAAUGAACUGAAAGCCAUGGCAUUAGGGGGAAGCAGAGGAGACACUGGCACUCUUCGAUCUGCAAAGAGUGAGGAAUCCCUCACUUCAUUGCAUAAUGUUGAAGGAGAGUCUAAAGUCUACCGGCCCCGCAGGCCACGCUCCAGUAGUGAUGCCCUCUCCACAUCCUUUAACGGUGACCUAAUGGACAGCCGACAGCACUGCAAUUCUUAUGAUAAUAUAGACCAUGGAGAUAGUGAGGGGGAUGAUGGGCCAAUUUGUGUGCCAGCUCUUAUUUCCCCGCCACGCUCUACUGAUGACGUGGAUUUGAGCCCCCCUGACAUUGGCAUGGCCACUUUGGACUUUGACCCUAUGUCCUUCCAAUGCAGUUUGCCUUUGGCAGAAAGCUCUGCCAUUUCCCAUGACACUGAAACUGUAAGUCUCAAGAGGAGUCCUGGCAGUGCCAGUGACUCAGAGCCUGUCUCGCCUGUCAGGCCGAAGAUUACUAGUCUUCAGCAGUCUCCUGAUCUCAGUCCAGCUUUUAGAAGUGUUUCUAACUCUUCUGAAAAAAUUAUGUACCAGUCUUCUGACAGCAGUGAAAGGUUUGCAGAGUUGCCACCCUUACAUAUAUCUCAAACAACUGAUACUUCCAUAGUUAGUAAAGGAUCAGAGAGCCCUGAGCACCAGCCAUCUACAACUUCUCUGACACCUCACCAGGAUUCUCCAGCCAAAGUUAGCAUAUUGUCUUUUAAAUCCACUGAUUUGCCUCUUAGCAAAGCUAUUCAUCUAGAGCUUCUAUCUAAAUCUGCUUCAUGUGAGAAUAAAGAGGCUUUAGGGAUAGAUGCAUCACAACAAAUCAAUGCUCAGGAACAACCAGGAGCUGUAUUUCUGGACUCACUAAACAGCACUGCUCCAGUCAUCUCUGUGUCUCUACUUCCUCCUCCUCCCCAACCAAAGAACACUGCACGCAUGCUGGCUUUAGCAUUAGCUGAAUCUGCUCAGGCUACCAUUCUAUCCCAGAGGGAAUCCUCUGAACCCCCCACACCUGUUUCACCCAUCAGGUCACAGGAGUUUCUGGAAGCCCAUGACUGGCUACCCCCUCCCACCUAUAAACUGCAGACUUCCCAAGAAGAAACGUCAGAUGUGCCACUAUUUCCUGCUACUUCCUCUUCAUCUGCUCCCUGCACUCCAGCUGAAACACUAACCCAGUCUACCAGCAUGCAUCUUAUAAUAGAUGAAAGUGAAAAGACUAUGGCUGGCAAUAGAGAGGACAUUUUGGUGUCCUCAACUUCGGUGGCUCCCAGCAAAGGUGCUUCUCCUAGCCAACCUGUUCAACUUCCCCCCACACCUAAUAGUCCAGAAAGGCAGCAGCCUUCUGUUGGCCAGACACCAUCCAGCAAUGAAACAUGCAGCAUCACCUUAGCAACCAUCACAUCCACUGAUAGAAGAAAGGAACUUGUAGUCACACCACAAACAAGUUCUAAGAGUCCUGAAAGUGUUUUGCCAGCACCAACCACAAAAUCCCAGGAACAGCCAGUAGCUGUUCUUCAGCCUCAGCGUCAGAUUCAGGCUCAGUCGCAACCUCAACAGCUUCACUCUCAGUGUCAGCCUCAAACACAGUCCAAAAAUCAGCCUAAUAAUAGAGUUGCUCCUACAACAGCAACAUCUCCAGAGCAGUCUGGAGAGAGGCCUUGGGAAUCUAUGAAGCCUGUAAAUUCUCGAAUGGAAAAUAUUAGCCAUCAUCAAAUUCAUGGGACCACACCACCGCCGCCGCCUGUUCGUUCAAUUGAAAGUAAACUAGCAGCAGCCGCUCUGUGUAAAACUGAAGCUGCCAGUGCAGCCCCCUAUCAUUCUGUGGUAGGAGAGGGAUCUAUGCCGACAUCAUUAGACGACACACUCCCUCAGCCUCAAACAUUACAACGCAAGUCUUCCGUUCAUCUGUCAUCUUAUGUUUAUCACGCUAAAGGAGAGACGGGCCUAAUAGAGCCAACUGGAGAGACCUAUUACCAUCAAAGACCAACCCCUGCUGGGCCAUCGUCCAUGGGUUGUCGUCACCGGCCUGACAGCGUGCCCCCUCAUCUAUCAUAUGUAUCAAAGUCAGAACCCCAGAUUCCUUACAGAGCCCAUGGUGAUGGUCGCUACAAUACAAUUGGUCCAAGGUCCUUACACCAGUCAAUGAAAUCUCGUGAAGCAAUGAGGAGUGAAUAUAUUUCCCCAGGAUCACUUCACCGCAGCCAUGGUUACAGCUCAGUGGAUGGACAUGCUGCAUAUCCAACAAUCCGCAGGGUUCACUCUCUACAUGUUCCGCCCACCUCCAUUCGGUCAGCACCAGUAACUAGAACAGAGGUUCCUCCAGAUGACGAUCUCUAUUACUAUCAGCGCCCAGUCUACCACUGCAAGUCUUACCAACAGCCAUCACAAGCGGAAUAUCAUGUGACACAACUGCAACCUUAUUUUGAGAAUGGAAGAGUCCAGUACCGCUACAGCCCUUACUCUGGGACUCACCCUCUUGAUGUUCCCUACUAUGAUGUGGAUCCUUACGGCACUGUUCGUCUACGACAUUUUCACUCAUUCAGUACUCGUGACGCUGGUCCACACCUCAGCAGGUCAGGGGCCAAAUCAGGUGGCUGUCACUACAUGUCACGACAUGCCAUUCCUGUGAAAGAGCAUACAUUUGUAAGUAGGGACCUGCCCCCCUACCAUGGCUCAAAAGGAGCUGUUUACUAUGCAUGGGAUCCAGAGGAAGCAGAAAGGCUACGGAUGCAUUCUAUACGCAGAGAAAGUCGGACCAGGCAAAAGGUGAAAGUUCCCAUAAUGUCGCAGUAUGACAAUGUUGGGCCCUAUAUGCCAGGUGAUAUUGGGGGAUUAGAAGUGCUACAUCUGCGCAGUAAGUCAGACCCUGGUAAAGCUGUGUUGGUCACUGCUGAAGGAAAAGAUGGGAGAUGCAGUGUAACACCUGGACCUCAGCACGUCUCCAGACACCUGAUUUCGGACCCAGACGUCCUCAUGUAUAUGGAAACCGAGAAACACUGCCAGGGAAAUGGAAUGGGAGAUAGAGUUGCUGCACCCAAACAAAGUAGCUCCAGGACCUAUCAAUCCACCCAUCCACAUCUGUCACAACUUCCCCCACGGAGCUUGCCACAUCUAUCAGAAGGUAGCCAUGUUGAGUCCAAGUGUGAACCAGGAGACAAUCAGAUGAGUAAACCCUGGCAAGAGCACCCAGACAGCAAAAGCUAUCAUGCUCGCUAUGAGCGAACAGAUCCCGAGAGACACGUAGGAAGGGUCAAAAGCACCAGCAACAGUGAAAAUGACCAGAAGCCAGCCCCUAUAAAGCCUGUUCCCCCUCCCAAACCAGAGAGAUCUCAUAGUGUUAGAGAACGGCAUCACUACAACCAACCUAAUCCUUCUCAUACCCAGGAAUCCUUUUCUCACCAGUCGCAUGGGCAGAGACAAAGUACUGUUACUCAACAAUCUCAGUAUGAUAAUCUGGACGAUUAUCAUCCGGUACCUCAUUCACAAACCCCAUUGCCAAACCGCAGUGGUUUGAGCUUGUACAAUACCCCUGGGUUCACAGCUUCACACAAUAAUCGCGCAUACUCCACUGCCUUGGGACAGGGUGCUUUUAUCCGUGCUGAGCUUGCCAUGCAGAGGCCUGAAGCAGAGAUUAAUGCAGAGUAAAAAGGAUGUGUAAAAACAGACUAAUAUGUUGGGAUUUAAAAUAUUGACAACAGUUUUAAAAGGUUCAGCAGCCUCUGCAGGACAGUGGACUGUUAUGACUGUAUCCAUUUAAUUUCUUCACAUUUUGUAAUGUGUAAAAUGACUUUUUAUAAAGGAACUGAAUGUACCACGAUUUCUUCAGUAAAGUAAAAAGCCACAUUGAGACAUAAGAAACGUGGAGGUCAUACUGUAGAUACUGUAUGUGAUUGACAAAUGGUACAAUUACCUGAACCAGAAAAGUAAUGUAUAUUGGAAAAAAUACUACUGGUUAUAAGGGAAUUUUUUAUGUUCUGUUUUGUUAUUAUUCUGGGCUUGGGUCUGAUUUUGGGAUAAAGGUUUGCAUUUUAGAAAUGCAUGUAGUCUAUCUCUUACAGAACAGUUCUGUGUACCUUGAUAUUUCUUGUGUACUUUAAAUGUUACAGUAAUGGUGGAGGAGAACAUCUGUGUUAACAUCAUAAUCUCCCACUGCUCUGUGUACACAACUAGGCUAUGUUAUGUAACUUCUCGUACUUCUCUGCCUUUGGUUUUGGAGACCGAAAAUGUGCAAUCUCAUCAUUUGUUCUCCAACUGUGCCAUAUAAUAUUACUGUUAUACUAUAUAAGUAUUUUUGCUAUAAAUUCAAUUAAACAGACUAGAUUUUAAUGGUAAGGAUACUGUGUGAAGGACCAAAUGAUGAAUGAGGUUUUUGAGGUAGUUGAGGAUGCAUUCCUGCAGUUGCCUGAUUAAAGAAUAGGUUAAGAGAGCCAGUAGGUCGACCGGUGAGCCUUGUCUUAUUCCCCCCUUCAGAAACAAAAGGCAAGCAAAAACGCGUUCCUGACUGUACUGUAUGUCUAUGAAGGGUUUCAGUCAUCCAGGUUAAUGAAUGUGUACUGGUAAAGACAUUGAGGAAGAGCUAGUAUGAUCUUGUAGACAUUUCAUCACUGAUCUUCAGCGCUUCAUCUGCUGAGCAACUAAAAAUUCCCCAGUUUUUAAACCUCUGAUGAUCACACAACAUUGGCAGGUCUAGAGGUGUAAAUUGGUGUGAGCCAGCAGUUGAUCACAAGUCUCGGAUGAUGAGUGCAAAGGUGCCAACAUUUACAGUUUUGCCAUAGAAUUUAUUUUUGACCCAUUGGUACAGCAGUACAGGAGACAUAUUUGGAAUAUAAGAUAAAGGAGCAGUCACUCCAAAUGCAAAUAAAAGAAGAACAGUUCAUAAACAGAGGAAGAAUACAAGACGUGAAAGAGUAAAUCAGUCUCUUGAGCCCAAAGACACCAAGUGGGUGUGACUGGAGGAAAAAAUAGGGAAGCUGCUUAUUAUUAAUUAGAGGUCAGUCUGGAGCUUCUUUGCUGCACAUAUUGGGGAAAAUUAAGUGUUCUCCACAUUUUUUUGCUAGCAGUGUUGAUGCCUUUGUAAGAGGAAUGUCUUCAAAAUCAUACUACAAGCUUAGUUGCAUUUCUUAACUUAGAUAUAGGCUUAUAGUUACAGAGGCUAGCAGUUGAAAUGUAAGUUAGUUAGACACAUUUUCAGACCAGCACCUUGAUAAAAUAUUUUCUCAAAUUGCAUUUCAUCUUUUAAGGCAAAAUUUUCCAUUGGGACCCUUUGCUAAAAUGGGCUGCUCAUUUAUUUUACUUGUAUCAAUUGUGCUUUACAUGUAUUUCAUAGCACAUGUUCUGUGUGAGAUAAGAAAUUUCUCAUUUCUCAAAGGUAAAUAUAAAUCUUAUACACAUAAAGAAAAUAGAAAAUGGGGUUGUGUUGGACACACCAGAUGCAUGUUUCUAUUUUGUUUAAAUGUUGUAAAGGUACAAAUUCAUUUUUGCAUAACGUUGUGUUUUAAUCUUUAGUUCACUUUAAUGGGGUUGGGAUGAACACUACAAGCGACCUUUUACACGACGGGUUUGAUUAUAAGUGGUAUUGCCCUGCCUCUUGUGUCACACUUUCGUCAGGUCUCACCAAUAGUCUUAUUAAAUUUUUUUUUUUUUUUUUUUUUUUUUUUUUUUUUUAAUCAUUAUGGUCCACUUGUAUGAUUGAAUUUAAACUGCCUUGUUUUUUCUUGUUUUUUUUUUUUUUAGACUGUGAAAAUGAUGAUUGGGUGACUAGAAAAAUGCGAAAUAAAAACAUAUGUAUAGCA